UUUAAAGAAAAACUGAUUUUCAAUUUUGUAAUCAAAGUAUUCCAAAGUUUGCAACUUGCAAGUGGGAAUAAACAAACCAAAAGUUCAACUUUCUGCAUCUCCAAGCUGGGUUUCAAAAAAAAAAAAAUUUAAGCUUAUAACUGCACAAUUCUGGGAACUGGGGUUUUCAAGCUAAUUUUAACCUUCUAAAGUGAACUGGAAACUGAUUUUUAAGGUUUGUUGAUGAAUCAAUUUCUGAAAAUAAUACUACUAUUGUUGGGAAGUUAACUGGUUCACCAUAUGAAAACAUAUGUUAAGCUAGUCUUGAAGUUAAUUGGUGAAAUUAGAACUAUUAUAGAAGCUAAUGGAAGAAAAGGAUCUCUGUAGACAACCAUAGGAGAUAGAUUCUUGGUUUGUGCCCGGGCCUCGUCCUUUUCUUAGAAUUAUUUGGUGGUUGAAUCUUAGAAUUUGGUGGUGGUGGUGUUGCUAGUGUUGAAUCUUAGAAUUAUUUAAUGGGUAUGGAGUAUUCUGCUCAAUUCCAAAAGCUGUGUCAAAUUGAAGCAAGGAGGAGUUUAAUAAUAGUGGGUAUUGUUGCUAUUGCCUAUGUGAUGCUUCAAUUCUUUAUGCUGCCGUAUGGAAAUGCAUUUAAGUUCCUACUUCCGGAUAAUGAAGUUUCUCUUAGUGCCAAAAGCGGCUAUUCUUCAAACCAAUCAUCGGUUAGAGCAGAAAAGGAGGGUGAGAUUAAUCCUUCAAGUUUUGUAGAAGUGGUUAGAGAAGAUGAUAAGAUUAAUGAUGAUGAUGAUGUUAAUGAGGAUGACAAUGUGUCAAAGGAGUUUGAUAGAACUAAACAGGAUAUUGUUGCAUUGGAGGGUAAUGAUCGGGAUGAAUCUCUAGGACUUGACAAGCCUUUGAAGUUUUUGGAUGUCAUGGAGGAUAAUAACUCCAAGGUGGAGGCAGAUAAUGCUGGAAAAAGUGAGAUAGUGGGACUGGAGGAUCAAAAUUCAUUUGACAGCGGUUUGGAGUUGAAUGAGAGUUCUAGUUUUCAUGGAAAUGAAAAUGUUGAGAGUUGGAACCAAGCAAAUCAUUUACAAGCUGAAAAUGUGAGGAAGCUCCCAGAUAGUGAUCUUGAUGUUCCAAAGAAUGAUUCAGAAGUGAUGAGUGUUCGUCGGAGGAAGAAGGUGAGACCUGGAAUGCCUCCAUUAUCAGUGACACCCAUAGUCAAGAUGAACCAGAUAUUAGCUCGGCACCUUGCCUCUUCUAGCAAAAUGAAACCUCAUUGGUUGACUCUCCAUGACUGUGACAAGGAAAUUUUUGAUGCAAAAUCAAAGAUUAUCUAUCCUACUGUGUCUGAUGUUGACAAGGAACUUCAUGCUCCUGUUUUCAGAAAUGUUUCUACAUUUAUGAGGAGCUAUGAGUUGAUGGAGAAAACAUUGAAAGUGUAUGUCUAUAGGGAUGGAAAAAGGCCCAUAUUUCAUCAACCAACACUUAAGGGACUAUAUGCUUCGGAGGGGUGGUUUAUGAAACUUAUGGAGGGAAACAAACACUUUGUUGUUAAAAACCCAAACAAAGCUCACCUAUUCUAUAUGCCUUUUAGCUCAAGAAUGCUAGAGUAUGCACUGUAUGUGCCAAAUUCUCACAAUCGCACGAAUUUAAGGCAGUUUAUGAAAGGUUACACUGAAGCAAUUGCAGCAAAAUAUCCUUUCUGGAAUAGAACUGGGGGAACAGAUCACUUCGUCGUUGCUUGCCAUGACUGGGCCCCAUAUGAAACAAGGCACCAUAUGGAGGAAAGCAUCAAAGCCCUUUGCAAUGCUGAUAUAACUAUAGGAUUCAAGAUAGGGAGGGAUGUGUCAUUGCCAGAAACCUUUGUUCGUUAUGCAAGAAACCCUCUCAGAGACAUUGGAGGAAAACCGCCUUCUAAGAGAAACAUCCUGGCUUUUUAUGCUGGAAACAGCCAUGGAUAUUUACGUCCAAUCCUGCUAAAACAUUGGAAGGGCAAGGACCCUGAUAUGAAAAUAUAUGGUCUAUUGCCCACUAGUGUUUCAAGAAGGAUGAACUAUAUGCAGCACAUGAAAAGUAGCAAGUAUUGCAUAUGCCCCAAGGGCCACGAGGUCAAUAGCCCGAGAGUUGUGGAAGCCAUCUUCUAUGAAUGUGUGCCUGUAAUAAUAUCUGAUAAUUUUGUCCCACCCUUUUUUGAGAUCUUGAAUUGGGAGGCAUUCUCAGUUAUUGUUGCAGAGAAAGACAUUCCAAACCUGAAAGACAUUUUGGUAUCAAUACCAGAAGAAAGGUAUAUUGAAAUGCAGCUUGCAGUAAAAAAGGUCCAGCGACAUUUCCUCUGGCAUUCUAGACCCGUGAAGUAUGACCUUUUCCAUAUGAUCCUUCAUUCUAUAUGGUAUAGCAGAGUAUUCCAGAUCAGAAGGCAAUAACCAAAAAAUACAAGACCAAACCAUUUUAUGCUAAGGAUUUGCUAGGAAUGAUGUAAAGAUGCACAGGAUGGAGCUGCAACCUUGUUUGCUUGCUCGCUCUAUCUCUGAACAGCAUAAAACGGGAGAUUAUACUUAUACCAGGACCUUAUACAACACAUUACAUUAGGUAUUUUACUCAUGAAUUAGCCAUCUUGAUAUAUAUUGUGUAGCUGUGUUCGAUUCCACGUACUCAUUUUUUGUAAUAAUAUUAUUAAUAAUUAUUUUUUUGUCACAUGAAAUGGGUAACUUACCCACUGAAUAGCUCAAGCCAUUUCCAUUAAUUGGAAGUGUCAUUUCUUUAUUGAUCUGGAAGCCAUGCCCAUCAUUGUACCUUCCUGUAAGAUUGUAUACU